CGGAGAGCCCUCCCCUUUGAGGUCAGGUACCAAGAAAAGUGUCUAGUAGCACAGGGAGUUGCUCGUGGAACUCUUCGGAUUGUCAGACAAUUCAAACUGAGAAGCCCAGAGGCUCUUGUUUUUGCAAAAGAGCAGGUCCUUGCCAUCACAAAGCCAAAGUUUGCAUACCACUUCCUCCAGUACCUGCAAGUUUUCCAGACUAAUGACCGCCAAGAGAACACUGGUAUUCCCCAGCUUCACCUCAUGACGGAGGACUUUGCCCUGGGAGACCUUCAGUCUUUCAUCACGACCAAUGGGUCCAUACGGGAAGAGGAAGCAAGAACAAUCAUGCGUCAAAUCUGCAAUGGUCUAGGUCUCCUGCAUCUGGAAGGUCUUGCCCAUGGCGAUUUGCAAUUGUGCCACGUUAAUAUCGUCCGUCUUCCCGAACAAAGCACCGUUCAACAGCACAGAGAGUGGCGCGUCAAAAUUGGGGGAUGCAGACUUCAUUACCCAAUGUCCCCCAUCAGCUACGGCAGUCCCGAGAAUUUCAUCAAGACUGUUGCCUAUGGAAACCUCUCCUUUCUAUCCCCAGAGAUUCUAGGGGGUUACACACUGAGAAAACCUUCAACCUUUGAAGGAAUCAAUGGUAUACAAGCAUUCGACGUUUGGGCAGCAGGAGAGGUUGCCGCUCAAAUGUUAACCGGGAGUCCAACUUUUGGCCUGGAUCUCCCGAAAAUCUUCGACUAUCAGGCCGGAACAGUUUUGUUUCCAACCAAGAAGUUGGAUCAAGCGAUGGUCUCAGCACUUGGCAAAAGAUUCAUUACGAAAUUCAUGCACCAAGACCCCUUCAUGCGCCCAACACUCCCCCUCGAUCCAAGGCGAGAUGCCAUUGCACAGUGGAUUGAACCAGCCAACUACUGGCAAGCCAAGGAACUGAAGUCAGUUCCACUAGCGACACUCUACCACAACAAGAUUCUACCGCCUACAAUGCAUUACACGCCUGACGGGAGCAAGCUGGUGCUGAUAGACUCCCAUACCAUUACCAUGCGUUCAAGUUCCGCCGGAUUCAUUAGCAGCUGGAUCUACGAGAACGACCGGCAUGCCGCAUACCGCGCUUCGGCUCUCUCGUCUUGCGGCAAGCGGCUGGCGGUGUAUGACGCACACUCCAAUGCCAUCAAGAUAUUUGACCUUGCGAAGAGGAGGAACACCGGACCAUCCAUCUCCUACCCCGUUUCUGAGCCACUCAUUACCCCCACGGUGUCCAAUUCCCCGUUUGUGCAAUUACAGCAGCCGCAAACAAUCCUCAACUUCCACCCUACCGGCUCUACACUUCUUUCCGCCUCCCCCAGCACCUUCACAACUCUUGAUCUAUCUGUUCUCCCGAAUCCUGCCGACCCCCUCCCGUACCAGCCCAAGACUGACUCCCGAGAAGAACCAAUUCUUAACGCUUGCUAUACCAAUGACGGCCUGGCAGUAGUUAUUUCCCGCAGAAACUUUACAACGUUUACCUUGCUAUCCACCGGGAAAAUCACCCGAAGAGUGGCGCAUCCCGUCCCCGCUCGCGUUAUAGCUAUUGCACCCGACGGACACCGCCUUAUCUUGGGGUCAAAGGAUGGCGAUAUCUGGUCUCUUUCUACUUCAUCGCUCAUCCAGUCAGAGGAAGGUUGUUGGGUACCGGUCUGGCGAGGGAUAGACGGAUAUCCUGUCGACUCUAUCGACAUUGCCCUGUCAUCUACCCCUUCAACUCGAGAGGGGGUUACUAGUGCUACCGCAGUUACGGUAGCGGUUGUUAGUGGGGAGAGAUUGACUCUUCUGUCCAUCGGUGAUGAUCAAGACGAUUGCUGCUUGGGAUGGGUCGAGUUCAAGAAACGGAAGGCGCUGAUUGCGAAGAUUAAGCCACGAGCGGAUAGUGAGAACCAUCAGGAGAUCGCGUUAUGGAGUGGAGGUGAAAGCAGGAUUACAUUCUUGAAGCUUGAGGGUUUUCAUGAAAAGGAUAAGGUUGAGGGUGGCAAUUACUUCAAGCGGCCCAUAGAGCCGACCGUCGCCGGAGAAAACGAGAACCACAACGAGAACGCGGAAGAGCAAAAGAAGGAGCAAGACUAUGUGUAUACAAGCACCGGAGGGAUCUUGAUUUGCGGAAGUGAGAUUGAGGUUGACGGCGCAAUUGAGAAGGAGGACGAUGAGGAGGGGCUUGAUGAGGAAACUAAGAAGGAAAAUGAGGAGGGAGAAGGGGCCAGUAGCUCUGGAUGUGGGAGUUGGGUUCUUGAUGGCUACAGUGAUGAGUAGUUAACCCACUUCUGAGGACACACGGGUAUGGGAAGGAAAGGAGAAAGAGUCAAAGACGAGUGUCUUUGAGUUGUCUGGAAUAAUUUUCGGUUCGAGGGAAACCAGAUGUGGACGGAAUGC